UCUACACGGCUUGAAUUGAUCAUAAAUUUGAGUCCAAACUGACUGUAGAUCAAUAUAGCCUUAGCUGAAGUAUACAACUAUCUAUAUCUAUAGCUUUCUUAAUUUUGAUCUGUCACCAUAAAACCAGCUAUGGCUGCAAUGAUUAACAGAGCACGCAUUGAAGUCAAGGAAGUUGGCACGACAGUCACUGUACCCAGUGACCCGAUAGCUAGGCUCAUGUACUACUUCAAUUGUGUUUGCUGCUGCGUUGAGCCUGAUAGCGACUACACUAUACGUCGCCUCAGAGAUUAUCAGAAUUAUCAUCGAUUGACCAGCGAAGAAGAAGCCCAGCUUAUUGCAAUAUGCCUUGCCCUAAGCCCUGAUAAGCUAAUAGGAUCAAUCUUCCAUCCUACUGAUGAUUGUGGCUCAUCAUCCAAUAAAUUUGUUGAGAUAAGUGCAGUCAAGACGGAUGUGCUUGUAACCGACUCUCUCCUCAUUGGAGGGCAGCAGAGAAAGGUUCAAAGCAUAAUGUUUUUUGAAAAGAGUUGGAUGGAAAACAACUUUAUUGAGCCUCUUAAAGCUGUCCAGAGGAGACUCAACCCUCCACCAUGCAGACAAGAGCCUAAAUGUGCUAUUCAGUAAAGAUGCUGCUAGACCAUAUCCUUUUCUAACUUUUGCUGCAUAGACUAUAGUUUAUAUUUGGUAUUACAUUUUGUAUUGCUAUUGCCAUGUACUGUGUAUAGUAUUACAUCAGUUUUUAUGACAUGCUGUUAUUAUUCAUUGGUCUAUCCUUUCAGUAUGUGCUUUAGAGUUGAAUUGUAUUCAUAGUGUGUAAACACAUUUUU